CUAGGCUAGGCGGAGCUAUAAACUCUGCAGAGCUAUGGCUCUCUUCAUCCUUCUCAUCAGCGCAGUCCUGACUGCAGGCAGUUCAGUCAGCUACGACUCGGGCCCGUUUACCAUCCACUACGACGCAACGCAGGCACCGACGCUGCGCAUCACGGCGACGGUAGACGGUCGUCCGGACACCGUCGUCUGGUACACUUCAACUUCCAACCGAACGUUUGUGACUGCGGCGAGGGUUGAGCAGACGGUGCAGCAGAAUGGCGGGACGUUUAUAUUCACAACGAGCGUGCAGGAAGUCUGCAGUGAGAUGACCAUCACGAGAAACGGAACCAGAACAUCUACCAAUGCAUACAAUCAGGUUUACUUUGGAGGUAUUCUCUGCAAAGAGGUAGAGUUCGAGAUGUUGUUUCAGGCUCAGGACCUCUACAAUCCAACGACACCCACCACCCACCUUCUCUUCAACCUCUCCCUCACUAACUCAUCUUCCUUCUCCUUCAACCAGCUCAGACUCACCUACGGCUGCGAGAUAGACGAACAGAUCUACGGAUUCGGAGCUCAGUAUUCAAAGUUCAACACGAAGGGAGAGAGGCUGCCGCUGUUUCUGUCCGAGCAGGGAGUCGGGAGAGGGUUAGAGCCACUCACCUUUGUACUCGACGAGGUCUCCCCUGGUGCUGGAGGGAAAUGGUAUACAACAUACACUAGAGUGCCCCAUUACAUCACCAGCCACAGUCGCUCCCUCUCUCUCGACUCCCUCGAAUAUGCCGUAUUUGACAUGAGUCGCGAUGAUGUCAUCGUCAUUGAAGUCCAGAGCCUCGUCCUGGCCGGCCGGAUCAUAACAGGGGCCUCCCCGCUGGAGAUCAUUACGUCAUACACAGCAUACUCGGGACGUAUGUCUCCUCUACCUCAGUGGGUAGGCGAGGGCGCGAUCCUGGGUCUCCAGGGAGGAACUGAGUCAGUACUGGAGACACUGGACCUGGUGAAGAAGGAGUGGGGAAAUAUGAGCGAUGUCGUGGGGGUGUGGCUCCAGGACUGGACCGGGCAGAGGGUGUUUGGUGAGAACGGAGGUCGCGACCUUCCUCGAGUCGGACUCUGGUGGAACUGGGAGGUAGAUGAGAGUCACUAUCAGAACUGGACUGGACUGAUCUCGGAGCUGGCUUCCCGAGGAAUCAAAGUCUUGACGUAUAUUAACCCCCUACUCAGCAACGUGAGCCAGCGAGAGACACCAUACAGACACAACUACUACCGCGAGGCUCUGGAGGAGGGGUUUGCAGUACGGAAUGGGGACGGGACGGUAUGGACUGGGUACAGCGACAGUCUCCUGGUUGAUCUGAGUAACCCCUCGGCCUAUCAGUGGAUGAAGAAUAUGAUUGUUAAUAACAUGCUGGCUACCGGUGUGUGUGGUUGGAUGUGUGACUUCGGAGAGACUGUACCCGCUACAGGCAAAACUAGCCAGUGGGGCAGAUCCCCACGCCUACCACUCUCUCUACCCCGAGAUAUGGGCCCGACUUAAUCAAGAUGCCAUUCAGGAGCUCCGUCGUCUCCGUGGUAACGGAGGGGUGUGCGACCCGGACGACGUCGUGUUCUUCAUGCGGAGUGGGAACGGCAAGAGUCCCGGUUCCACGCCACUGUUCUGGGUCGGGGACCAGACGGUGACGUGGGACUCGGACGACGGACUCGGUACCGUGAUAAUCGCCAUGCUAAUGGAGGGGCUCUCGGGAUAUUCACUCACCCACUCGGACAUUGGAGGCUAUACUGCCAUCGACUUCUUCCCUCUGCACUACGUCCGUUCUAAGUCGCUACUCAUGAGGUGGUGUGAACUCGCUGCCUUCACCACAAUGUACCGCUCCCACCUCGGAACUCUUCCAACGAAAAACUGGCAGAUUUACAACGACACUGAAUCUCUGGCUCACUUCUUCAACAUGUCCAUCGUUUUCCACUCGUGGGAUUUCUAUCGCCGAGAACUGAUGAAAGAAGCGGAGAUGUACGGGUGGCCUGUGGCUCGCCACAUGAUGCUGGUGUACCCCAAUAACUCCGGGGUAUACUCUGAAGACCUCAGCUACCAGUUUAUGCUCGGGACGCAGCUGCUGGUGGCUCCAGUUCACGAGAGAUUCGAUGUUCUCGAGGAGAGGCGAGUUUUUCUCCCUGAAGGCAUCACCUGGGUACACAUCUGGACUGGGAAAGCCUAUAGAGGGGCUAACAGUUGGGUUUUGAUCGAGGCACCGCUGGGCCGGCCUCCUGUGUUCUACCCACAAGGCUCUGCGGUCGGACUACAGUUUGUUCGAAACUUGAAACAGCGAAAUCUUUUAUGACCUUUCAUCUCAUCUUAAUUUUGAUUGUUGACCCACUGAAUGGUGGAAAUGAACAUCGAUUACACGUGCACUUGUAGCUGGCGGUGCCUGGGUGUAGUUGAUUUGUUUGUUGUUGUGCCUUUGCCUUUCUAUGUACCUCAUAAUUUUCACAUGCAAGGUGAUGGA